AUGGACACCAAGUCGGACUUUUCGUCCAACGGCCUGGACUUUGAUGUAAUUAUCAUCGGAGCAGGUGUUUCUGGCAUCAACGCCGCGUAUCGCAUUCAAAAUGAGGCACCCCCAAACACAUCGUACGCGAUAUUCGAGAGUCGCGACACCAUCGGUGGGACCUGGGACGUCUGGCGAUACCCCGGAAUCAGAUCCGACUCGGACAUCUUCACCUUCAGCUUUGGCUGGAAUCCAUGGCCGGGCAAGGAGUCGCUUGCUGCGGGCGCAAAGAUCAAGCAAUACAUGAUUGAGUCGGCGCAAGAAGCCGGAAUCGACAAACACAUCCGCUAUCAGCACAAAGUCAUCUCCGCAAACUGGAACACAAACCAGAAAUGCUGGGAAGUCAUGGCCCAACAGGCGGGCAGCAACAACACCGACUCAUCUGGUAAAAUAGUCGAACCGCAAUUCUUUCGCAGUCGGUUCAUCUUCCUCGGCACCGGAUACUACGACUAUAAGCAACCACUUCACUCGGUCAUUCCCGGCAUCGACAACUUCACCGGCAAACUAAUCAACCCGCAGCACUGGCCCCAAGACUACGACUACACCAACAAGGAGAUGGUCAUUAUUGGCAGCGGCGCGACAGCUGUUUCCAUUGUGCCCGCUGUCGCCAAGCAAGUCAAGCAUGUGACUAUGCUUCAACGUAGUCCGACGUGGUACUUCCCCUUGAACCAGUACGGCAGAAUAGCCAGCGUCAUUCGAGCCAUCUUCCCGGACAGAAUGGCGCGCCGAUUGAACCGGUACCGCUGGAUGAUCCAGGUUCAAAUUCUGCUGUUUAUGUGUAGAAACCUGCCAACGCUGGCGGGUGGCGUUUUGCGCUUCCUGACGGCGAGACUCCUCCCCAAGGAUCUGGAUUGGAAUACACACUUUCAGCCGCGCUAUGGACCCUGGGACCAGCGACUUUGUGUGGUUAUGGACGGAGAUCUGUUUGCCGCGUUUAGGUCCCGGCAAGCAAGUAUCGUGACGGACCAUAUUGAUACAGUGACGCAAGAUAGCAUUGUUCUCAAGUCGGGACAAGUUUUGACGGCGGAUGUUAUCGUCGCAGCGACGGGAAUACAACUGAAAUUCGGAGGAGACAUCCAGUUCAGUGUCAACGAUGAGCCUGUCCAUCUAAUUGACAAGUUUGCAUGGAAGCAAUGCAUGCUGCAGGAUGUACCUAACCUAGUCUUUUCAUUUGGGUAUGCCGAGAACUCGUGGACGCUGGGGGCGAACUGCGCUGCAACAGUCAUGAUUCGGGUGAUGAAGGAGUUGCAGAGGCAGAAAGUAUCGUCAGCGACGCCGCAUAUAGAUGCGUCGUCGCAGAGAAUGGAGCCCAGGCCACUGUGGAAACUGUCGUCAACGUAUCUCAAGAACAUGACGAGCGUGUUCCCCAAGGGAGGGACUGGAGAGUGGCGGCCGAGGAGUUACUAUUUUGCUGAUCUUUGGGCUGCGAAAUGGGGAGUUAAACUUUGCGAAAUGCAACUGCCUAUUACCUUUGCGGCUGCUGCCAACACCGACAUCUGGAAGAAGCCUCCCACUCAUGAUGUCUUCACAGCCCCCUACAGAGUCCACUCCAAAGGGCCAACCCUCAGCUUCAAAUCCGCAACCAUAACCUUCCUCGCCACCUACACCCACCAAUUCGACCAGGCGGGCAUCCUCUUCAAGUUCACCAACGGGUCCGACAGGAAAUGGAUCAAGUCGGGCAUCGAGCUCUUCAACGACGCGCCCCGCCUCUCUACCGUCUGCACGGACAACUACUCCGACUGGAGCGUCUCCGAUGCGCCGUGUGGCAAGGAGAUCCGCAACGCCUCCCGCCCGGUGACCAUCUCUGCUGAGCGGAGUGACGAUGAGUUGGGCAUGACGCUGUGGGUGUACCAUGUCACGGAUGAUGGCGACAAGACGCCCUUGAGGGAGAUUACGUGGCCGUUUGGGACGGCGGCGGGUGCGGGUUGGGAGGUGGAAGUUGCGGCGGCGAUUGCGAGGCCGUACAAGGAUACUGAGGGUAAGAUGGAGGCGACUUUUACUGAUUUUGAAGUGAAUUGGAAGUGA